AUGAUGGACAGUAUCCAGACGGGUGUGGUCAAAUGUGGCGGCUAUCGGUAUGACGAUGGGACACGCUACAUAGGCGAUUGGAAUCAGCGGGGCCAAAAGCACGGCAUGGGUUCGAUGAUGUUCUCCGACGGUACCCGGUACGAUGGUGCCUUCAGCAACGGCGUCUGUUCCGGGCUCGGCGUAAUGUGCUUUCCAGAUGGUGCAAAGUACGAGGGUGAAUUCAUGCAGGGCUGGUUCCACGGGCACGGUGUGUUCUGGCGGGCGGACGGUAUGAAGUACGAGGGUGAGUUUCGUGGCGGACGCAUCUGGGGUCUGGGACUGAUUACGUUCAGCGACCAGAGCCACGGAUUCCCGCGCAACGAAGGCUUCUUCCAGGAUUGUCGGUUGGUGCGGAAGAAGCGCUGUCCGGAUGUGAUAAAUCGUGCCCAGAAGGUGGCCCUAAUGGCGCGUGCACAGUGCGAUCAGGGUAGUUAA